AUGCUGUUAGUACGAACGGCCUCUUUGAAUAUGGCAAAGAUGCCAGUGCCAUGUCUCGCUAGAGGAAUAGGUAUCCUCAAGGGCAAGUAUAGGCUAAGGAACUUGAUAAAUGCUCAACCCUCGGUGAGACAUGUGUCCAGCGAAAUCCAGCAAAAGGACCAGCAGGCAGGUGAGUCAAAUACGGCUACCGAUACCGGUGUUAUUCACAAAUCAGACGAAGAAACUCUGAUAUAUUUCGAUAAUGUUUACGCGAGAGCCACAUCGGUUUGGAAUCCAACGCUGUGGUACAAUCUGCUACUAAGAAAUCAAUCCCGUGAGGGAGUGAGGGAGAAAAUAAGAAAUUUAGCUAGUCCACCCAAUAACCCCAUUUAUGGGCUAGAGUUGAAGUCUACCAUUCCAGUGAAAAGGGACGGAGGUGUAUUUGCCACAUUUGUCGUUCCACCCAAAUAUACAAAAGCUCAGGUAAAUUCCCUGAUCCAGCAGAAUACAGCCAGAGAAUCUUCUAAAAACCUGCUCUCGUACUUCACUCGAGCCUCUGCUUUCCCAGUAAAGGGUUCGCCUUGGAUUGAGGAUUUAAGAAGACUACCAAGUACUACUAUAGUGAUCAAGUUCCAGGGACCCGCCUUAACCGAAGAGGAAAUAUAUUCUUUGUUCAGAAGAUAUGGGACAAUCAUUGAUAUUUUCCCUCCCACCGCUGCGAACAACAACGUGGCAAGGGUUAGGUACCGUUCAUUCCGUGGUGCCAUUUCGGCAAAGAACUGUGUUUCCGGUAUUGAAAUUCAUAAUACCGUUUUACACAUACAAUACGAAAAUAUCAUAAGAGGCCAUUUAGUUAGUAAUUUUUUCACUAACCAUACAAGGAUUGCUAUUCCGGUUUUAUUUGCCCUACUUUCAAUUUUUGCUGUUUUAGUGUUUGAUCCUAUAAGAGAAUUUUCGAUUGAACAGAAGAUUACCCAUAAGUAUUCAUUAUCAUGGGAUAAUAAGUUUUGGAAGCAAUUGAAAACACUAACUUCAUCUACCAUGACUUCUAUCAAGUACUACUGGGGUGGCCCUGACGAUAACCACCAAAGAAAGCAUCUAUGGGAGGAAAGAAUAGAGAAAGUGAAUGAUCUGAAAAUGUGGCUUGAAGAAAAUAAUAAUACAUUUGUGGUUAUAAGAGGGCCUAGAGGUUCAGGGAAACACGAUUUGGUCAUGCAACACACUUUGCAGAAUAGAGCAAAUGUUUUGUAUUUGGACUGUGAUAAAUUGAUUAAGUCAAGGACUGAUCCUAAGUUUUUAAAGAAUGCCGCUAGUCAAUUGGGUUAUUUCCCAAUCUUCCCAUGGAUCGACUCUGUCACAGGUGUCCUUGAUUUAACUGUGCAAGGGUUAACAGGACAAAAAACAGGGUUGUCUGAGACGAAGGAAUCUCAAUUUCGAAACAUGUUAACUACAUCACUGAUGUCAAUUAGACGUAUUGCUCUUAAGAAUUACAAGGCCUUUGUUUCCACCGGUGAUGGAACAGUUAAUGUUAAGGAAGAAGAUUAUCUACAGCAACACCCGGAAGCUAAACCUGUUAUCGUCAUAGAUAGAUUUGAAGGUAAGUCUGAAAUCAAUGGAUUCGUGUAUAAGGAAUUAUCCGAUUGGGCAGCUAUGCUAGUUCAAAUGAAUAUUGCUCAUGUGAUCUUCUUGACGGAAACCGUUGCAUCCAACCAAAGAUUAAGCGAGUCAUUGCCCAACCAAGUCUUCAAAAACUUGAUCCUGUCAGAUGCGUCAAAAGAAAAUUCAAGGAAUUAUGUAUUGUCUCAAUUGGAAGAUUACUUAUAUUACAAUAAAAAGUCUAAGGGUGAAAGCGUAAAAGAACCGGAAGUAGGAAAGGAAACCACUGAAAACAAUGACUCUGAUAGUGAAGUGGAUACGAGUAUUAAAAAAGCCGAGGUUAUUUUAAAUGAAAAGGAAUUACAAGAAAUUGACGCCUCUUUAGAACCAUUGGGUGGUAGAAUGUUAGAUUUACAGGCAUUUGUAAGAAGAGUUAAGUCAGGAGAAGAGCCCUCGGAAGCAUUGGACAAAAUGAUUGAACAAGCUUCUGAACAAAUAACUCAAAUGUUCUUAAGUGACAAGAUUGACAGCAAUAAAAGUGCACAAGCUUGGGAAUUGAUUGAAUUAUUGAGUGCAAAUCCAGUCAUUCCAUUCCAUGAAAUCGUCAAUAAGCCAUUAUUUAAGGCCGCACCUGAGACAGGGAUCAUGGAAUUGGAAAAUAAUGGAUUAAUUACUGUAUCUAGAGAUAGGGGUGUUUUACAAGAGAUCAGACCUGCCAAGCCACUGUACAGAGCAGCAUUCACAUAUUUGAUUAACGAUCCUGAACUUGCAAAAGUGCUAAAAACUCGUUACUUACUAAAGGUUGUGGGUUUCGAAACCGGCAGAAUCAAGAAGUGGGAAGAAGAAUUAAAGCCUUUAGGGAAAGUUCCUGAUCAAAAGCUUUUCAAGACCAGACUGGACUAUUUAUCCGGUAAGAUUACUGCUAGUAAUGCAGUCAUUACUAAGUGCGAAGAAGAAAUCAAGAACCUAUCCAAGUAA